AUGGCACACGUUUUUUACGAGGAUGAAACGCAGUUUCGGUGGCCAAGAGCAUUCAGCCAGGCUAUUAACGUAACGAUUUUUAUUAAUAUCAUAUUUAAUUUAAUCUCCGGGUACCAUCACGCUCAAAUUAAAGAGGCGGUUUUAGAGCCGAAACGAAUCGCCGUUAAUUAUUUAAAGACUUAUUUCGCCGCCGAUUGUAUAUGUUUGUUCCCGUCGACGUUAUUAGCGUGGAAUGCCGUGGGAAAAGCGAUCGGGGUAAUCCCAACUCUCUUUCUUUAUUUCCGAGUACCCACUAUGUACAAAUAUUUGCGACAUAUCACGGUAUUGAUGCGUUUAAGCGACACCCAGCACGAAAUUGUUUCUUUAAUAUCGUUAUCGAUAUAUAUGUUGCAUUGGUGCUCUUGUUUCUUAGCGAGCGUGGAUUAUAUUUAUGUUUUGUUGGGGGAUACGAAUGAAUCGUGGUUUAGACACGCGAAUCUCACCGGGAGCAACGUCACGGUGUUUGAGCGAUACAUGUGGUCGUUACAACUAAGCAUAGCUCACUUUUAUAGCAUGGGGGGCGAGAUUUUUCCCACCCAUUCGAAAUUUGAUUACGUCACGUUAUCAUUAAUCGCCAUCUUAGGCUCAGCCUUUUUCGGAUACGUAAUCGUAAUAAUAUUACAAGCGAUUGGGACUGUAAACGCGGCCGAAAGCAAAUACGAAGAGCUUUUGAGGCAACUUUACGAGUAUUUGAGGUCGAAGCGAGUUCCCGUUAAUAUUAAUAAGCGUUUAACGAGGUAUUGCGAAUAUCGCUUUCAAAAGCGCUAUUUUAGAACUGAGGCCAUUUUAGCGACGCUCUCCGAGCACCUCCAAAACGAAAUUAAAUUGUACACCAUGAGAAAUCUGAUCGGAAAGGUCGAAAUUUUUAAGGGAUUGCCCAAAGGAUUGAUUGGAAGCAUCAUCGCGAGCUUAAACACCGAGAUUUAUCUUAAAAACGACGUCGUUGUAUCAGCACAUAAACCGUUACAUUAUUGGUACAUAAUUUCACAUGGAACGGUUGCUAUGAUACACACGAGUGGAAUUGAGCUAUGUCAUUUAGAGGAUGGAGAGGUGUUCGGAGGUGGGAGGCUCAUGGAUGUAACUGAUUUUCCGGUGAACGUGGUGGCGCUUGAGAUUUCGGAGAUUUUUCGGAUGACCAAGCAGGACUUUUUGAGCAAUAUGAAAAAUAGGACGAUUUACGAGAGAUUGAUGGAUCAAGUUGACAAGAGGCAGGAAAUUUUGAUGCAAGCUCUGAGUAAGCAAGAUCCAAAGUUGCAGGAGAAAACCGAAAUUUUGUUCGAAGUUAAGAAGGGGAAUAUUUUGGAGAGCGGUUUGCCGCGGGCUAAAUUCGGGCAGGAUUUUUAA